AGUGUGCGCGUCUAUAUAUCUCAUCUUCACAUAUCUACUUUAUUCCGAAUAUCUUCAUUUCUAAAUCUUGCUUAGUCAAUCUUAAUAUCCUACAUUAGUAUAUCUACAUAAUGAAGGUUCCAUUACCAAAAUUAGACACCUCUUACCGUUGACUAAAAAGAGCAAGGUGAAGUGAAAAUGAAGAAGAAAGUGGUAUUGGUAACCGGCGCUUCCGGUUACCUCGGUGGACGUCUCUGCCGUGAGUUAUUCAACGCCGGCCACCAUGUUAAAGCCUUCGUCCGCCGUACAAGCGACCUUUCUUCUCUACCUCCACCAACUGACGGCGGAAGUAGCGGCGGAACCCUAGAGCUUGUGUUCGGAGAUGUUACCGAUUAUCAAUCACUCCUCCAGGCUUGCUCCGGUUGCCAAAUAAUUUUUCAUGCUGCUGCAUUAGUCGAGCCAUGGCUUCCAGAUCCAUCUAGAUUCAUCUCCGUCAAUGUUGGAGGCUUGAAGAAUGUGUUGCAAGCUUAUAAAGAAACUGGAACUAUAGAGAAAAUUGUUUACACAUCAUCGUUUUUUGCCUUGGGAUCAACCGAUGGAUAUGUUGCUGAUGAAACUCAGAUUCAUUCUGGGAAAUUCUUCUGUACGGAGUAUGAGAAAUCAAAAGCUUUUGCUGAUAAGGUUGCAUUAGAUGCUGCGUCUGAAGGAAUGCCAAUAGUGCCUGUUUAUCCAGGAGUCAUUUAUGGUCCCGGGAAGGUCACGGCUGGAAAUGUCGUUGCCCGUAUGCUAAUUGAACGCUUUAAUGGGCGUUUACCUGGUUACAUUGGCCAAGCAAAUGACAGGUUUUCUUUUAGCCAUGUUGAUGAUGUGGUUGAUGGGCAUAUUGCAGCUAUGGACAAAGGCAAACCUGGCAAAAGAUAUCUUCUAACAGGGGAGAAUGCGUCCUUUAAGGAGGUUUUCGACAUAGCUGCCAUGGUCACUCAGACAAAGAGACCUUCGUUUGGUAUCCCCCUACUUAUUAUUGAAGCUUAUGGCUGGAUAUCAGUUCUUUUCUCCAAAUUUACCGGAAAGCUUCCUCUAAUCAGUCCUCCGGGCUAAAGCUCGAACCUCUAAUUGAGGGUUGAAGGGAUCAUUUCAGUCGUCCCAGCACAUCUCACGAUCAUUACAAGUGUCGUACUGCUUCUGUUAUUUGACAGGUAAAAACCUUACUCGAAAUUUUACAUGUUUGGUACAUGUUGCUAGCCAACUUAACUUAAUUGUAUACAGAUUUUGUAGACUGAUUGUGGACAGCAUAAAACUCAAAUUUGAACUGCAUUAAUGCAGAAAUAUACUCUAGAGCUGGACUGCUAGAAUAUAAACAUUGUGAUAGUACAAAACAAGAAGAACAAAAAAUUGAUACUAUAGUUAUGAAUUGGCAAAGAUUUGUCACUCCUAAAGAGAAGUGUCAUACAUAUGAUAAAUCACCUUGCUACUACCAUCAAGGGGUGUGGUGGAAUGUUGUAGGCUUGGACAUGUUCACCCUUUAACCAGGGAUCUCGUGUUCGAACUUUGGUGAUGACGCUUAUCCUUUAAUGUGCGUUACGUGAAAUUGGACUAAUUGGGCCAUGACUAGUAAAUGCAGAUAUCAGAUGGUUAUAUUAUAAGAGAAAAUUUUAGAGUUUCCUAUCAUAGAGAAAUAUACACUUAGAUAUGUGUAUUAUUGCCAUCAGAUAUUCUAAAAUAGGGAGAAAAGGCGAGUGAGAUUUUAUUAUGUAUCUCAGAUACAUGUGAAUCACACUAUAUACACAUUAUACAUAUUAUACAUGUCUCUGGUGUGAUUCACAUGUACCUGGGAUACUAGAUAUAUAGGAAUGUGGCGAGUACGAUGCGAGGGAGGCGACCGAGAUUUGUUAUGUAUACCGGAUACAUGCGAAUCCACUUGGAUAAAAUGUAUCUGGAACAAAUAUGACCUCAUGUAUCUGAGAUAUAUGUAUCUGGACCUAUUUGAACGUAUCGGGAAGCACCAAAAACUGAUAAGAUACGUAAUAUUGCAAACUAGAGUCUAUCUAAGUAAUUAGCUCCUAAGUUUCCCAUUAUACACCUUGCUACUACCAUCAAGAGGUGUGGUUACAUGUCCGGAUGUCUCAAGUUCGAACUUAGGCGAUGACCUUAUCGUUUAACUUGCCCUACACGGUGAGAAAUCGGAGUAGUCGGAUCAUUACGAGUGGAUACCAGAUACAAGAUAGCUGUGCUGACAUGCUACUUCCCUUUCGAAUUGGUCAACAUUGGGACCAAAUUUUCUUUCUUGUGGCUGCAAAGCUUGAAGUGAAAUUGUUCCAGAACAAGAAUUGCCUUGAGUUUGUUUGGUUUUAUCCUUAAAAACCAAAGACACAAAAGUCUCUAUUUCUUCUUGUGUCAACUUCUUAAUGUGGAAGUAUCAAUGAACAGCUGUUUUGUGUUUUUUGUCUCACCCUUUUGUCUCUUAGAAUUUGGAAUACCUUUAGGCUUUAAUUGUUACUAUUGACAACUCUUUGAUUUGUGUUUCCAUAUCCAUCCAUUGAAGCUAGAAAAUUGACACAUCA